AUGGACAUCUUGGAGUUCAUCUACUGGUUCAAAUGGGCUGUAUCAUAUGUUACAAUACGUAUAUGCGGUGCAUUCCAAAGUAAAAGAUUUGUGCCCUUUGAUGUGAAUUCGAUCGGAGAUCCUAUCAAGCUUGGGUUCCUCAUCCCAGACUUAGAAAAAGAAUUAGAAUCACCAUUUCCUGAAUCUCAUUUGCAAGAAGCUGCUGAUGAAAUAACAUUUUAUGGAGUGAAUUCUAAGUCGGAAUGUUUACUUGUACGUAUUGCAAGAGGCUGCGAUCAACAAGCAGAUGCAUGGGUCUAUCUGAAGUUGGAAAAUGGAAAAACAUACCAUUUGUUGGAAACGAAAGGAUUCCAAAUAUCAUCUACGAGCAACUCUCAAAGUUUCUCAUUUGGCAAAUUACAAAUGUAUUAUUUGUCUCCAAUGAGAAGAUGGAGGAUAUUUUAUUGUGGAUUGCUUAAAGAAAUUUCUGAAAAUAAUAAUGAAGAAGUGGUAUUUGUCAAGCUCGUGUUUUUAUGGAAAGCUGCUUCAGAUGUUUAUGAUUGUACUUUGGAUACAAAUCCUCAUGGAUUUGCAAGUGCCGUGGCAAGAUCCGAUUGGAGAAAGACUUUGGUCCCACCUAUAAAAAAUGUUGAUGAUGCGCUAAAUUUUUAUGGCCAAAGUGGUGUUAUAUGUGGAACAGUUUCUGUUAAUGAUGGCCCAGAUUAUGAGAUGUAUUUGUUUGGUGCAAAAAUUCGAAAUCUUGGAAAAAUUGCGAGCGUAGAAGGCUGUAAAUUCACAACUGUUUUAGGAAAUACACCAUCGAAUGGACUGAAUUUUCAAUUAUCAAGCGCAUCGGUGCCUUUCGCUUUUAAAAAUUUGCCUUUUGGAUUUGUUGUCGAUACAUAUGGACUUCUGGAACCUCUGAAAGAAUUGGAUAUCGCGAUAAAUUCAGCUGAUUCUGAGGAAUCGCAAAGCUCUUUUAAAGCAAAUUUUAAAACUGGAGAACGCUAUGAAUUGUCUGGAAGCAUAGCAGAGCCCAUUAUUUUCUACAGAUUCCAAGGAUGGAGUGGAUUUCUUGAGAUAUCUUUCAUCGAAUUUGAAAUUAGAAAUAGAAAGGGAUAUGGAGUGCUUAUAUCUGGAGAAGUAUGCAGCAUGCCGAAGAGGUCCAAAAAGCUUAUAAAGAUUGCAACAUGUCCGAAAACUAUACCGUUGACGGCGCAAUUCACUGAAGAUAUUUGCCAAUUAGAAGAAGUUUCUGGAGGUAAAGGUUCAUCUUUGGGAAAAUUAACACAGUUCAGCCAAGAAGGAAAAACGUUUAUAGUACCCAAAGGCAUUGUGGUGACCACAGCUGCUUACAAUCAAUUCUUGACGUCGGAGAUUCUCGAAGCAGUGAAAUCUUUGGAGGACGUAGCUUAUGGGAAUGAAAGUGGUGAUUUAAAAACUGCUUGCUUUAGGGUUGCAAGAGUUAUAGAAGAAACAUCACUACCGAACAAAAUUCGCCAUAGUAUAAUUGGAAGCUUGAAAAAUUUAUUUGGUAACGCAACGAACUAUCGAAAGUUUGCUGUUCGUUCUUCUGCAACAGGAGAGGAUUCUGCAACAAUGUCCGCAGCCGGGCAAAUGAGCACAUUCCUUGGAGUUCAAGGACUUGAAGAAGUAUUUAAUUCUGUGAAAAAGUGUUGGGCUUCUCAAUUCGGCCACAUUGCUGUUGAAUACAAAAGGCGAAAUGGUCAAAUUUUGAACUCUCCAAUGGCUGUUGUCAUUCAAGAUAUGGUUCCAUGUGAAGUUUCUGGAGUUCUUUUUACAUGUGAUCCAGUUUCGAACAAUCCCACUAUUAUCACAAUAACUGCAAAUUAUGGCUUAGGAGAAACAGUUGUUUCCGGAUCCGUAGACCCAGACACUUAUGUGCUUCGAAAACAGAAAGACGGAAUGUUGGAAAUUGAAAAUAUUAUUAUCGGAACAAAACAUCAGAAGAUCAUCAUGAAAGAAUUUGGUGGAACUAUUACAGAAGACAUCGAUGAACAAUCACAAAAGAAAAGUUGCUUAUCCAAAGAAGAUGCUAAACGAUUGGGGAAAUUAUCAAUAAAAAUCGAGAAUUUCUAUAAAUGCUCUAGAGACAUUGAAUGGGGAAUGGUUGAUAAUAAAAUAUUCAUUUUACAGUCUAGACCCGUCACCAAUGCAACUGCUGAAACCGAUUACGAAAUUAAGCACGAAUUUGAUGCUCCACUGCGAUGGGAAGAUGAAUAUUUUACAAAGGCGAAUGUUGGAGAAGUCAUGCCAAAUGCUACUUCACCUUUGGGGAUUGAGGUCAUCUGUAAGCGCUACAGCAACAUGUUUAAGAGAGAAGCACUAAAGAAAGGUGUUGCGGACAAUUUACUCAGUAGUAGAUACUAUUCCAGUGGUCUUCUUCCAUUCUACAAUCAUAUGAUGUUGACUACCGUUGAUCUGUUAACUAGAUAUGGUUAUGAUACUCCAAAAUCAAAAGGUUGGAUAGUUAGCAUAUUUGGGCGUGUACUGGAUGAUCCUGACUUGCUGAACUGUGCCAAGGAAAGAGCUCAAAUUGGCCCAGAGCCAUCCAUCAUUGCAAAAAUAUCACAAAUACCCCAACAGUUGAGAAAUUAUUGGUAUUUAUUUACAUUUGAUUUUGGGCUCGAAAAAAUGAAAGAAAGAAUCUACAAUCACACGCCACAAUUUCUGAAGACGAAUACUGCUAAAGACACAUUCUCGGCAAUUCUUAAAGCAUGCUCGGAUUUCGAUGAUGCACUAGCAAUACAUUAUGACGCUACCACUGGUUGUUCAGAGUGGAAUAUGAUCUUGUUUGGCAUUUUAUGUGGAGCGAAAGGAAGCUUUGACAUUGAAGUUUACAGCGAUUUUGCGAAACUUUUGGCUACUUCUUCUGACGUAGAAAGUGCAACUGUCCCUCAAGGAAUGCAGGAGGUGGCUACUCAAAUAGUAAAAGACACGAAUAAAGAGAAAUUCAAUUCUAUGCCAGUUGAGGAAGCAGAAGAGUGGCUACAAACCACAAAUACUUUGUCUGGUGAAAAAUUUCGAAAAUUUCUUAAGAGGCAUGGACACAGAUGUAUUAAAGAGAGGGACGUGCAUGCUAUAACAUGGGAAAUGGAUCCCAAACAACUAGUGAAACUCUUACAGAAUAUGGCUAGCGUCACCAAAGAGAUCUCAUGUAACAAAGAAGAGAGUAUCGAUAGUAUACUUUCACAGCUUAAAGUAUCAUUGGAUUUCAAAUCAACGUGCAUGGUCAAGUUCAUAUUGCCUUAUUGUCGCCGAGGUAUUAGAGCAAGAGAAGCUGGUAAAUCUCUUGCUGUUAAAUCGUUUGAUCACUGGCGGAAAGGUUUUCGACUCCUCGGGAGACAGAUGGUAUCUGAAGGACGUUUACCUGACGAAGAACUGAUAUUUUUCCUAACGUUUGACGAAAUAAAUGACUUACUGAAUACCAGAUCCCCCACCAUAAUUUCAAGAGCAAGUCAUCGACGAAAGAUAUUUCCCACUCUCGAUAGUUAUAAAUUUCCAGAGAUAAUGAAAGGAAUGCCAAAACCAAUUAAUGACGAAGAGGAAUCUGCUGAUACAUAUGAAUUUGUUGCAGAUUUAACAUUGAAAGGUAUUCCAGUGUGUGUAGGGAUUGCGAAAGGUUAUGCAAGAGUAGCUAUGUCCUUAGAAGAAGCUUCUCAUUUGAAGCCAGGAGAAAUUCUAAUAACCUACUGUACUGACAUCGGUUGGAGUCCGUAUUUCCCGAUUGUUUCUGGUGUAGUCACCGAGCUUGGAGGACUCAUUUCUCAUGUAUUUUAA